AUGAAUUCGGAGCCCUCCCUUCCUAUUCCGAUCUCGUAUAUCGCCGGGAAAUACUUUCUCUUCUCCAUUGAUGCUGUCACGUAUUUGAGACGGGAGCAUCAUGUUUGCGGAGUCCUGUCCGGCACUCUGCCGCAGAUCCCCCAGCAAAAUGUCUUCUUGGGGUUACCCCUGGAGCUGAUGCCCGAGGAGGCAAGGUUACUGGUGGAGAAAGGUGUAGCUUGCAUUGUAGACGAGGUAAACGCUCAGAAGCAGGGAAUGAAGGCCCUCAUGGAAGAAGACCGCAAGAAGUACCUGCAUGAUCUAGAAUCCCAAGGUCUCAAAGCCAUGCAGCUGCAGAAUAGUCGCAAAGAACAACAAAGAGAGCAGUCCCUGCAGAAAAUAGCUGCCAAGAAGGCGAAGAAGGCCGCUGAGAAAGCUUCUGCCGGUGAUAAACCUGAGGAGCCAAUUGUUGAUUUCUUUGCCGAUAAUCAAAAGUCCGAACCUAGUGAGACCUCGUCAAAUGUUUCAAGCACUCCCGAUCUUGCCCUGGGAAUAACUCCUCCGACAUCCUACCCACCGCUUCCGUCGAAGCCGGCUGCUGAGCAUUUAAUGCCGCUUCCACAAGUGCCUUCGUCCUAUCCCUUGUUUGCUCAUCUACAUUCGGAGGGGUACUUCCUCUCCCCGGGUCUUCGAUUCGGUUGUCAGUACCUUGCCUACCCGGGUGAUUCUUUGCGCUUCCAUUCCCACUUCUUGGUCGUCUCCACGGAAUGGGACCAGGAGUUUGACUUGAUGGACCUUGUUGCUGGUGGCCGUCUGGGUACUGGUGUCAAGAAAGGGUUCCUCAUCGGCGGUGCUGAGAAGAAGGAUAAUGCACUUGAUGGGGAGAGUGACAAUGUCAGGACCUUCAGUCUUGAGUGGGCUGGAAUGUGA